CUCUACCCAGCAGCCCGCAGGGGGCUCCUCGUCACAUUCGGGACAUCCCUGUGUCCCGAAAGAUCUUUUCGGGACACAAGGAUGUCCCGGUUACCUCUAUCUCUGCUCACACAGCGCCUGCCACGUGGGCGGAACGUUCACAUCACUGCCACAUUUCCCGGGCGGACUAGCUUUUCUCCUGCACACUGCCUGAUGUCUGUUGCCAUGGAGACGCAGAUGCGGCAGAAUAGAAUAGAAGAAGCAGGAAGAUGGCGCAGGACGUGCCUGGGGCUAAAUUCACUUUUCAUCCCCUUGAGAACUGGACAUUUAACUUUUUGGAUAACAGAAGCAGCCGGGAGCUGCUGACCAAGUGUGCGAUCUGUCAGCAUGAUGACCACUGACCAUGCACUGCCUUCUGCACGGGUACACAACUCUUUGGAGAAGCCAGCGAAAUGCGGAUGGUUGAAGAAGCAACAAAAAUCAUUUGUGAAGAACUGGCAGCAAAAGUACUUUGUACUGAAGGGACAGUAUCUCUUUUUUUACAAGGAUGAAGAUGACACCAAACCGCAGGGUUUCCUGUAUUUAUUAAGAAGCACAGUAAGCAAGGUCUCCUGCAGCCCAGAUGAUGCAGGAAAAUUCAUCUUUGAGGUUAUACCAGACCAUAACAAACCCACCCAAGAUGGCUACAUCCUUUUGGCAAACUCACAAACAGAAAUGGAAGAAUGGGUAAAAGCCAUUAAAAGAGCAGCGGGGUUCCCAUCAGGAGUUGUAUUUGGCCAGCGUCUGGCAGACACCAUAGCCUAUGAAAGGAAAUUUGGAAGACAUACGGUUCCCAUAUUGAUGGAGAAGUGUGCAGACUUUAUCCUAGAGAAGGGGCUGAAUGAAGAGGGGAUAUUCCGACUUCCCGGCCAGGACAAUCUGGUGAAGCAGCUGAAGGAAGCGUUUGAUGCAGGAGAGAGGCCAUCUUUUAGCAGCGAUACUGACGUCCACACUGUAGCAUCGCUGUUUAAACUUUACCUGCGGGAGCUACCUGAACCUGUCUUUCCCUGGUCCCAGUAUGAGGAUUGUCUAGCAUGUGAAAAUACAAUGAACAUUGAUGAGGAAAAGGGCCAUGAAGAACUCAUGAAACAGAUACAUUUUCUCCCUAGAGAGAAUUAUAAUCUCCUCAGCUUUAUAUGCAGAUUUCUUUAUAAAGUACAGAAGAACGCCAGUAUAAAUAAGAUGAGUGUAGAUAAUCUAGCCAUGGUGAUAGGAAUCAAUCUUCUAAGGUCAAAAAUAGAAGAACCGGUGAUCCUUAUGAGAGGGGCUCCACAGAUCCAGAAACUUAUGACUGUGAUGAUCAGUCACCACGAGAAAUUCUUUCCUAAAUCCAAAGACCAGCCUGUGGAAGCCAAGACACCGAGAAAUGAUCCAAAGAAAGUGCAGGUUCCACGCAGUUCGGUUGGUUGGGAUACAGCUGAGGAGAGUAUCUCACCUUCAGGAGAUUCAUCUAAAACACAUAUGAAAUACUUUGGUGAUUCCCGUGGUUCUUCCAUCUCGGAUGAUAGCAUGUCUCUUCAUGACGACUAUAACUCUGGAUUGCUGGACAGCUCCGAUUCAUGGAAAGCCAUCCCAAGAAAGAGAACUCAGACUAUGCCUAUCACAAAUUGUCCCAUAGUCAAAAAUCAGGAUGAUAACACUGCCACUACCUUCAAAGAGGAAAUAUUCAGUGGUGAAUUUUGGGCAUCUCCUAAUGGAAGAAAAUCUUAUUUUUCUGCAUCCAGUGUGCACAAGAGGUCGUUGUCUGAAGAACUCUCCCAGAAUCGUACAUCAACCUAUGAUAAUGUUCCUUACACUCAUGGUGAUUGUGGUGGUAGUUCAGGUUCGGGAACAUUUGAUACAUGUACUGUGAACAGUGAAGGCCAACAAAGCCCAAGCUACCUUACAAAUGGGGAUGCCUGUCUUGUUACUGAGAGUGAAGAAAACAUCAACUGCGAGAGGUUGGCCAAUUCUCUAGAACAAAUGACAAUUCACAACAGGAAACUUGAGGACCGAAUAAAAAGCCUAGAGAAAGAAAAUUUUGAUGUGUGGAAGAAAGUGGUGAAAUUAAAUGAGGAUUUGGAAAAAGAAAGAAACAAGAGGAAGGCAUUGGAAAUCACACUGCAAAACAUGGAGCGAUCACGAGAUGAUGCAGAAAGGAGGAACAAACACCUGGAGCAGGAGAUCCAAGGCUUUGUGAGAGCCAUGAGCCAAGCGGGAAACAAACCGGAAUAAAUACAAUGUCACCAGAAGAUUAGUUGUACAACUACUUGCACUCUGGUGGUUUCACCAAACUGUGGACCAAAUCUUUGAGAUAAUAAAGAAGAUACAUUGGUAAAAAGACUGGAUAGAAGCCUGUGUUCUAGUUUGGUUCCUCAGAAAAGUGUUUUAAAUUCUUCAGUAAACGUAAAGACUAUAGAUGGUAAGAAUAGCUUUUGCACAGUCUGCUGUUACCCAUCACUGCUGUACUUCAAAGUAAACUUUUAUAUAUUUUUAUAUAAAUAAUAAGCCUUUAUUAAAACUAUUUAACACCAAAAUGACUAUAUUUCUUC